GCGGACUGGCACGGCGCGCAUCCAGCAUCGCCACAAACGGUUUCCACAUUUCCAGGGAUCUGUCUUUUAGUGUCUGUUAUUAAGAGAUGAUAUCUCAUUGACGUCAGUCACCCCUGGAUUUCCCUGGCCUUAUGUCAACAUGGCAACAGGAAGGAAAAGCUCCACUUCAAAAGGUGGAGUAGUUCGUUUCCCUGACCAUGAGGAAGAUGCCCCCAUUAAUAACAGUUGUGAUGGAAAGACUCAGGAAAAAAUCAUCACUGCUUUGCCAGAGCCUGAUGGUGCAUAUCUUGUAAAGGUGGGAUUCUUAAGGAGCCAUCACAAAUAUGAAAUUAUCUUCUCUUUACCGCAAGUCCCUACUAUGGGCAAAGAUGUCACUCUUUCCCCCGCACUUCGUACUUCGGCACGACCACGCCUUCGUGCAACGUGCAUCACACCGCAGCCUGAGGGAGGCGUGAGGGUGGUUUGUGAGUACAUUGCCAAGCAGGAAGGAGUGGUACAGGAGGAGCUCACGCUGGUCAACCGGAGCAGAAGGGAUAGCAGUGUCAAAGUUAGAUUACAAGCCAGAGUCAUGGAGCGUCACCAUGGGACCCCAAUGUUACUUGACGGUGUGCACUGUAUUGGAGAAGAAAAGCAAGUGGCCUCCAAAAAUAAUGACACCAAGAAGAUGUGACUGAAGCUGUUUACUUUCUGUGGGAAUGAAAAUAAACAGAAAUUAAUGGACUUGUGAUUGUGCAUUAGAUAUGGAGAAACCGACUCAUCCCCAGCCCCUCCUGCAAGAUCACAGGAUCUACUGAUGGCUUUCUGCACAAACACAAAAAUAAAGCAUUAAUCACUGGCCACAUAUUCAGUCCAAACUUAUAGCUUUCAGCAAAGUUGUGAAACUCAUUGUUUUUUAUGGGAAUGUAUGGGAAAGUAAGAGAUAAUGAGAAGUGCAAUGCCAAAGGCAGGUUUGUUGUCUUGUGUCAUGUCUGUCCUCACAUUGACUAUGCUUUUACAGUACAUAGACAAUCGGAAACCUAAAGGGGACAUAUCAUGAAAAUCUUUGAAGUUGCUAUAAUUGUGUCCCCAGUGCUUCUACUAACAUAGAAAAUGUGAAAGCGAGUCUUACAAUAAUACUGCCCCUUAAUCUGCACUAUCCAAAAAUUAUUGAGAGCACAGUUGAAUUUCAAUGUCAACAACCACUAUUAUGGCGAUCAGUGUUUGCAUUUUUUUUCAGCAUAUUUGCAUUUAAAAUGACACACCCAAAACAGCACAUUUUGCUCGCUUUUAGUGGCAAUUUUAACAUGUUAUAAUAAAUUAUCUGUGUGGUAUUUUGAGCUAUAACUUUACAUAUACACCCUGGGGACACCAAAGACGUAUUUUACAUCUUUAAAAAGUGUCAUAAUAUGCCCUCUUUAAGUGACUUUAAAAUGAAAUAGACAAAGAAAAACUGUGCACUUUUUAUGCUUCUAACCCAACUCACAAUAAAGCUUAGCAGGAUUUCCCCCUCCCACUUAAAUGCCCAUUAAUGUCAACAUUAUGACAUACUUAACAAUGGUUACAUUUUUUUUGCUAUCAACAUGUGUAUUAAAUAUGUGACUCAAUCUGUAAAGACCCAGCUAAAGCAAUUUUUUUAUGAUUUAAUGUUUCUUACAUAUCAUCCUACAUAAUGUACAGAACAUUAAUAUAAUAUUGAUAUUGAUAUCAAGCUUUGAUGCUUUUUUGUAUAGUUAGAUUAAGACUUUGACCUGGGUUUCAUAGAUGGGGCCACAUAUGUCGUCCUUAUCCUGAAAUGCUCUUUAAAAUUAUUUUCCACUAACACAUUUCUGCACAUCACAUGCUUAAAGGUGCAGUGUGUAAUAUUUAGAAGAUCUCUUGACAGAAAUGCUAAAUAAUAUACAAAACUAUAUUAUCAGGGGUGUAUAAAGACCUUUGAUAAUGAACCGUUAAGUUUUUAUUACCUCAGAAUGAGAUAUUUUUAUCUACAUACACCGAGGGUCCCCUUACAUGGAAUUCGCCAUUUUGUGCCGCCAUGUUUCUACAGAAGCUCUUAACGGACAAACUUUUUUAUUAAGUUGUCUCCAACAAUGACAUGAUUGUCCUGUGUCGACUACCAUGCGUUUCAAAAGCAAGGGGUGAGCUGUGAAAUGAGCUGUUGGUUGCAAUUUGAUGGCGCUAAAAUUUACAAACUGCACCUUUAAGUGUCCUAUACAUAAACUAUUUUGAUGAAUGCUUGGCACACCAGUAAUUAUCAACAUAGAAGAAAGUGUAAAAUCACAAAUAUGUAUGUAUCAUUCUUCUUCGCUUGUUAUUUAUGAUACCCAUUUAGCAUACCAAGACAGUAGAGUAGUGCACAAAAUAAAAUGAUCCUGGCCUAUAGUACCGUACAGGAUAAUUCACACCAAUAUGGUUAAGCUUAAAGCAAUUAAAGGAGGGGUGCAUGAUUUUUGAAAAACACUUUGGAAAAGGGGGUCGGGCCAACUACCAAAACACACUUGUAGCCAAUCAGCACUAAGGGGCGUGUCUACUAACCAACACCAUUGCCUGGGUUGCGUAUGUGUGGGGCGGGUCUAUCUAAAGAAGGUCCAGAUUCUAUUGGGGUAGGGGUGUGUAUGUUUAGGUGAUUUCAAAUGUCAACAUUGGCGUUCAGAGAUCAUGCACCCUGCCUUUAAUAUAUGACAAGAGAACAAGUAUCUAAAUGUGCUGGCAUAGCAGCUCUUAACAUAGUCUUUUUUCUCAUCAAUAGUUUAGUAUACUCUAAAAAGGGUUAAUUUUAACCCAUCAGUGUGUUCUGUCCAAUAUUUACCCAUUAUGGGUCAAAAAUAACCCAGCCAUUUUUAGAGUGUAGUUUUCUUGUGAACAUGGGUACAAGCAAUUUGGACCAAUCAGUUUAGUCCAAAGUAAAUACUGGAACUGAUAAUAAUACAUAAAAGAUAACAACAAAUACAAACACUAUCUUUUUAAAAUGUUGUCACAGUCUCAUUUAUUUCCUUUCAAGAAAACAUAAUGGCUUUGGAAAGAAAUGGAUUUUAGGAGUGUAAUAAGGCUUUACUGAAAGUGAACAUGAAAAUUCAUCCUCAGAGAUUUUUCAAAGAACCCAAUCUAAAAAUAAUUCACAUGAAAGGUAGAAAUCCUUAUCUUUUAAAGAUAACACUGACAUUCUGACAGUUGCAGAGAAAGGGCCUCUCUUUAUUAGAGGAAUAUGAUGAAGUUACAGUAAAUGCAAGGCACAAUAAGAUCUUUUUACUCAAGAUAAAUCUUAAGUAAAUAUUGAGAUGUUGUAAGA